CUGCUGUGCGGGCUGCUGGCGGCGGGGGCGGCGGGCGGCGGGCGCGCCGCGCCGCAGCUCAGCGACGACAUCCCCUUCAGGGUGAACUGGCCCGGCACCGAGCUCAGCCUGCCUACCACUGGUGUUCUGUACAAAGAGGAUAACUACAUCAUCAUGACCACUGUGGAUAAAGAAAAAUAUAAAUGUAUGCUUCCACUGAUAUCCAGUGGCAAUGAGGAAGAAGAGAAGGAUUACAGAGGUCCUACUCCAGGAGAAUUGUUGGAACCUCUUUUUAAGCAAAGUAGCUGUUCAUAUAGAAUUGAAUCUUACUGGACUUAUGAAGUCUGCCAUGGAAAACAUAUCCGUCAAUAUCACGAGGAGAAAGAAACUGGCCAGAAAAUAAACAUCCAAGAAUACUAUCUUGGGAAUAUGAUGAUAAAGAACCCAUUGUCAGAACCAGAUCAAGAAGAAAAGGAAAAUCCAAAAGAGAGUGCAAAAGAGAUACCUACAAAAAAUAUAGAAGGACAGAUGACCCCCUACUAUCCUGUAGAAAUGGGAAAUGGCACACCUUGUAGCUUGAGACAAAACCUACCCAGGUCAAGUACAGUGAUGUACAUCUGUCAUCCAGAAGCUAAACAUGAGAUUCUUUCAGUAGCAGAAGUUACAACUUGUGAAUAUGAAGUGGUUAUAUUGACACCUCUGUUGUGCAGCCAUCCUAAAUAUAGGUUCAGGGCUUCUCCUGUGAAUGACAUCUUUUGCCAAUCACUACCGGGAUCCCCACUUAAACCCCAUAACCUGGAACAGCUGGAGAAACAGCAGGAAAUGAUGAAGAUGCCUUUUAGAAGGGUUAAGGAGGAAGAAAUGCAUUCAACAAAAGAAGAGAAAUUUUCUUCCAUCCAUAAGCCAGUUGCUGUUGGAAGCCAUCAGCUAUUAACUGUGGGAACAACCCAUAUCUCAAAACUGACUGAUGACCAACUUAUAAAGGAGUUUCUUAGUGGUUCCUACUGCUUCCAUGGGGGUGUUGGUUGGUGGAAAUAUGAAUUCUGCUAUGGGAAAUACGUUCAUCAGUAUCAUGAGGAUAAGGAAAGUGGCAAGACUUCUGUGGUUGUGGGUACGUGGAGCAAGGAGGAACACAUAGAAUGGUCCAAGAAGAAUGCUGCUAGAACCUACUAUCUCAGAGAAGAUGGUACACAGACAGUUAGGAUGGUGUCUCAUUUCUAUGGAAAUGGAGAUGUGUGUGACUUAACAGACAAGCCAAGGCAGGUGACUGUGAAAUUGAAAUGUAAGGAAUCUGAUUCCCCUCAUGCUGUAACUAUAUAUAUGUUAGAGCCUCAUUCUUGCCAAUACAUUCUUGGGGUGGAGUCCCCAGUCAUCUGUAAAAUUUUGGAUACAGCAGAUGAAUAUGGGCUCCUUUCAGUGCCCAGCUGAAGAAUAGUAAAGCCUGUGAAGAAAGCCAUAUCUGUCAAUCACCCACCUGCCAUUUUCCGUAUUAAUAUCACUUCUGCAAGAUGACAAAGGCAAACUGAAAUUUUCAGCCAACCAACCUUACCAGCAGAAUUCUGUAAGAUGGGGGACUCAUGAACCACUUUGUGUAUAACUAUGUGUAUAUAAGAGGUUAUUGAUAAACUUUUAACAAUUAAAA